GGCAAACUCAUACACCAUGGAAAGCAAUGUCGCUGACCAGUACGAGAUCCAGCCACCUGGAUCUCCGCUGCCAUUAGAACUGCUCAUGGUGGUGUUUCGAUUUUUGGACCCCGGAUCGCUGAAGAACAUGGCCCUUGUUUGCAAAACCUGGUAUCGUCUAUCAAAGGACAAUUCUAUGUGGAUGCAGAUAUUUAAGGAGAGAUUUAGCAAUAUCGGAUCUGUCUUUCCGCGCGUAUCGCGCACAAGACUGUGGCGGACAGAGCUGAUCGAACGAGAGACGCUCAUAAAAAACUGGAAGAAAGGAAAAGGUGUUCAUAACACAUAUAAUCUGGAAAGCCUUUUUUACACUACCGACCUGCAAUGCGACUUCAAAAACAACAAGCUCAUCUCAUUGAACAAGAACACAGGAAAUUUGGUGACGUGCAGCCUGAACAAUGGUGCCAACACCGAUCUGCAACCGUCUACAAUCCCCAGCGGCACUACUGCCUACGCCAUGAGCAAACACAGUAUCGUGUUUGGAAGGUGGGACAGCAAAGUCUUUGGCUCACUUAUUAACCACAAGAAUAUUCUCUUAUCUGGAAUCAAGGAGUUCAAAGGAAGCGGCCAUCAAGGGAUGGUUACGUGUGUAAAUGUCAACCAAAUAGAGUUAGGAAAAGAGGGCAAAAUAGGAGCAAUCACAGGGGACGAAAAUGGAACUAUUGUGGGCUGGGACCUAAAGAAAGGUACCCAAGUCGCACAGUGCAAGAUCUGUGAGGCUACAAUCGCUAAAGUGGACUCGGAUUACAAAGAUGUGAUUGUGGUUUUGGAUACGCAAGGAGCGCUUUAUGUGGUGAAAAAUAUGUUUAAUGUUUCUGACUGCACGCACGAGGUCCACGAACUACAGGUAUCACUGGAGAUCAAUCCGCAGAAUGUGAUGUUCAUGAAGAUGUACGUUGAUUACGGAGACAGCAACAUCGUCCUGAUCGAUGAAAAUACAGUGGAAAUAAUAUCUUACAGAGACAAUCUUGUGAGGAGAUUAAUCACUGACGAGCCUAUUUACAAAUCCAGCUUGGAGCAAAACAGCACCGCAUUUACCAAAAGGGAUGUCGAGGUUGUGGGAACAGACCCGUUGUUUUUGGCAAUUUUGUUGAAAUCAGGACGAGUGCUUGUGAUCAAUGUUCGUGCUUAUGAGUAUCAAAUUCGGCCUGUCCUGGAUAUCUUUCCACGGCUUGCCUACGAGGACGAUGAUUAUCAACGGGUGGUGGCAAUAAACCAGAACGUGGAUCUCCCAGCUCUCUCAGAGAUUGCAAUAAACUCUUUGGUGGUUGCAGUAGGAUCCUACAAUGGAAAAAUCGAAUUUUACGAUAUCACUACAGGCGAGUUUUUCAGAAAAAUAGCCAUCAAGUCCAGCUCGAAAAUGCUUCAACAAGUGGGCAGCCAGCUUCUGCCAAUAUCCAACAUUGUAAUGGACCAGUCGCUUUCUGCUGGAGUGGUUGCCUAUGGUUCCAUGGUGCAGUUUUUUAAGUUUGGAGACUUUUACAAAGAACUAGAAACAAAACGCAAAAAGAAGAACUUCAAAGAACGCAAGUACAGCAAUAAUCAUAUCAAAGAAGCUAUCAAGGAUUACGAAUACGAACUUCAUGAAGAGGCGCAGACCGCGUCGAGACUCCAGAAGUACAACGGAGACCAUCUCGAAGACUCUGACGAAGAGCUUCAAAUGGCAUUGGCUUUGAGCAUGUCAAUCAAUGAAACUUCUAUUGGCUCACAAGAGCAGGACGCUGAUCUCUUGGUGGCAAUAGAAUUGUCCAAACAAAUUAUCUGACACGACAAUAUAUAUAGAUAUAAUUUACCAAUCAUCGUCAUCAUCGUCUUCCUCGUCGUCGCUGUCGCGAUGGGCUUUUUGUCGAAUGGCAGCGGCCAAGCCCCCUGCCAAACUUUGUUCUUCUUGUUGUUUCUGCUUCAAGGCAGCAGCCAGACUACCUGCCAAACCAUCAGAGGAUGUGGCCGGUGUUGUUGAGUUUGUGCCAUUGGCUGAUGCCGGUAUGGUGCCGUUUCUAGCAGAACCAUUAGCCGUAGAGUUGGAAGUCGCAAUGGAAGGAGCAGGCGGAGCAGCAGGCACAGAAGAUCCACCUUUCAAAAGAUGUGCUGGUGGAUCGCAAGGAACGAUGUAAGCCGUAGGAACCCAUCCCUCUCUGGUUUCAUCCAAUGACUUGGCCAAUGACCAUCCGGCACCUUGAUCCUGUAAGAUAUACAUCACUGUGUCUUUGGUAACCGGGAAUUCGGAAGGAGAGCCCGAGCCCGGGAAAUCGUAAGCGGCCUUGAACGUAGGCCACUUCGGCUUGGCAGCCGCAGCCGGAGGAGGAGGUGGUGGUGGUGGAGGAACAGGGUUUGUCUUACUCGAUUGAGCAUGCUGAACUGGUUGUACGGCUGAUUGUGGAACUCCUGCGGUCUCCACAUGUGUUUGGCGACUCUGCGGAGGUGCAGGCUUUGGCUUAUUGACGGCUGGGGCUGGUUUUCUGUUCACCGGUUUCCUAUUGAUCUGCGGUUUUGCUGCCGAAGGCUGGGCUGGGUGGUAGGCAGCCACAGCGGCAGCAGUUGCCUGGUUCGAUGCAUGGGCGAUAGGGGCCGUGCUGCCAACGGUACGCUUGUAGUUUGCAAUAGCGUUGCCGUUGCUCAAAAUAGGCCGUCCCUUUGGUUUCUGCCUAGACGUGCUGGAAGCUGGCAACCCAGCCGCAACCUUGACGGUACCUGACUUGUAUGAGUCUCCAUGUUUAGGGCUCGUGUUGUCGGCUUGGAAUUUCACCACAUGAGGCUUUCCUGGUUUCUUGUUGUAAGUUAUGGUUGGACCAAUGUCAAUACCUAGGUUUUUGUUCAGCUUUUUCAGAUGAGUCACCAACUCGGUCUUGAAUAUAGUAUUGAUGAAAAGAUCUGGCUGGGUGGUAGAGUUCAGGUUGAGGGCGACCCAAUCAUCUUGAUAUUGAGAAAGAGAAACCUUGUGAAUUGCUGAAACCGGGAUCUUUGUUUCAACAACAUAGGAGACUUUUCUGUUAACUAGCUCCUCCGCAAUCACGUAGAAUUGUGAACUGGUGAGGAUAAAAAUCCUAUUCAAUCGUUGAGAUGAUCUUCCAAAUUUCGAAUGUAGUAUUUGUCCCCUGGACGAGAAGAUAACAUAGUCAGAAAGUCCAAGAGAUUGCAUCAGGAACUUUCCAAACCCACCGGUCUUAUCGUUACAUCCAAGAUAAUCUCCCAUAUAGGCUCUAGAGCCAAGAAUACUGAGCGUUCUUCUUUGCUUUUUGUUGACAACCAGUGAGGUACCGUAGUCUCUGAGUUGUUCGUACUUGUUACCUCCCACUCUUUCUCUCCACAUCUUUUGGACAAACUUUGCAGCAUUCUCUCUUCUCUUGAGCCAUCUUCUGCAAGCUCUCUGUAUGACUUUGGCUUUGUUUGCCCAGUAGUUUUCUCUCAUUUCUUCCAAAGAAAAUAACGUUUCAGGUUUCUUAAUAAACACCUUCGUGACACCAAGUUGCCAUUCUGUAUUUGGAAUGCCCGUGUCUUGCAAGAUCAGCGUGGUUGCAGUUUUGGCAUCGCCGUCCCAAAUGUAUUCACCAGCGUAUGAUGUUCUGGUAGAAAGAAGAUAGAAUCUUUCCACAAAUUUGUCAAAUGUCUGUCUAUAAGCAAAUCCUGCUCUUCUGAUUCUAACAUUCUCUUGCAGACCCAGGUACUUGACUUGAUGCAACACCGCUUUAGUGUCAUAUUCUGUAGGAGACCUGUUUUGGUUAGGUUUUAUUGUUCUAAUGUAAGAGGGCUGGGCUUGAGAAAGAGUGUCGACCAAAAGGUUGGCACUAGUUUUGAUCUUAUCACCGGCAGUUGGUGGCCUCUUCUUGGAUGACGUGUCGAUUUUCUCCGGGAAUAUGGUCUGAAUAAAUGUAUUUUGAGAUGUUCCAAUCAUCUCAAGCAAGUCCUUCAGUAAUUGAUCCUUAUUUUUGUCUGUCAUGGUACCUAUAUCGUAGGUCACAUCACCAGCAUAAUGCUUGAUAAUAAAUUUGGAGGAUCUCAAUUCGAAGUGGGGGUUGCUGCUGACCAUAUUCAGUCUCUGUGCAAACGAUUGGUCAGCGGCGGAAGAAUCAGCGUGAGCAGUUGCACAGGCAUCAUUGAGCGCGGCAAAAAUUCCUGGCGGACGCUUGGAUUCAAUUAGAUCGCAAACAAUUUUGUUGUUGAAGUAGUUGAUCGGCGUCCAUUGAAUUUGCUCUCUAACAUACUCGUCCUGCUCGGAUUUCAAAGUCAACUGAAUAAAAAUUUGUUGCAGCUUCUCGUUCACGUAAUUGAUGCAGAGCUGUUCAAACGAGUUGUGCUCGAAAAUCUCAAAACCGUAGAUAUCCAAAAUACCAAUGGAUCUGUGAGCCUCGAGGUUCAAGCUUUGGAAAGACUUGUUGACUCUCUCAACAAUCCAGUCAAACAUGUUGUUGUACAGUCCUUUGGCUAAAGCGUCUCGGCUUGCUGUUGCUUGAACAGGGUUUAGAGGCACGUGGUAGACAGAUCCCCGUCUCAUCCCAUGGGACGUCUCCAUUGUUCUUUCGACAAUGGAUUUCACCAGGACCUCUGGAUUGACUUGGAGGAGAUAUGCAACGAAGUCGGUAACUCCAGUGUCUCUGACCUGAGCGUUACCUUCUGCGUCCUCAACGAAUGUAAUGUUACCAAUCCAUAGAAUAGCAGCCAACACUCUAAAGACCUGGUCCUGUUCCUCCUGGGUGAGACCAAUGGUAGUCAUCGAAGCAAGGGUAUCCUUGAAAUCCUUCAAAUCGUCGAUCGAGUCCACCGAGGUGCAGCCAGAAGCACUGGUAUAAACGUAUUGUUCAGGGCUUUGAACACCAAAUGUCUGCCUAUAUUGAUCACUGGCUCCUUUGGUGUACUGGUAAAAGAUGUGGAAGUUUCUCUCGUUUCUAAUCUGCCCCACCACUCGUUGUUUCUCCAGGAGAUAGUUUGUGAUGUUGGCACUAACGGGUUCGAAUGACUUGUUGAACUGAAUCUCGAGGUACUUACCGUGUCUCGACGAAUUGUUGUUUCUGAGAGUCUUUGCGCAUCCGAAGGAUUCCAGCAGCGGAUUGGUAGCCAAAACCAUGUCUUUUAUGCGCUGAAUAUGGGAAGAGGAGGUAUACGAGCCUGAAACAGCAGCUAUAUACUGCAUGAUUCUCUUGGCCGCUUCAGUCUUCCCUGCUCCAGAUUCACCGGAUAUAAUCACACACUGGUUCUCAUUGUAUGCUCUCAUGUUAUAAUACAUGCUCUCUGCAAUUGCAAAGACAUGCGGAGGCACCUCGAGUCUGUUCUUGUUUUUGUAGGAGUUCAGCACCUCGUCCGUGUAGAUGCCCAAAUCCCGGAAAGGAUUGACGGAAAUCAAGACAUGCCCGAUGUAUGUGUAAAUGGUACCGUGAUGGAAUCUUUUUUCCAGGUUGUCAUUGAUUGUCUGAUCGCUAAUGGUGGACAGUAACGUCAAAUCGCUGACCCCAACUUCUUUUGUUUUAUUUGACUCAAACUGGGCCUUUUUCAC